CCACUUGGCGCCGGUGAAGUGACAGUUAAUUUUCUCGCCACAAUUUCCUCCAUUUUCUCGAGAAAAUCCAACCUCCCAGCUUUCCCCGCCAUAACUGUUUUCCCCAGACCGCGUCGCCAGACAAAACAAAAGAGAUUCGUCCAGGGGAGAAUCCCUUACGUGGCGACCCCUGAUUGGUCUGUCGUCCGCUCCCUGCGUCACCGUCUCACAGUUGUAACGAACACGCAAUCCAAGAGGAUGGAUUUACGCGGGCAGUUGGCUCGCUCUACUUAUUAAGCAAACCCAGCUGGGCGUCGAGAAUUCUCUGUAGCUGUGAAUUUCCCAACGAAAUGGCAAUCAAGACAAAUGGGUUCAUCGAUGGGAUCUUCCCAGAGGAGCUGAAGAGAGUGCUGCAAUCUCUGGCCAUGGAAUGGGGAGAUGUGGUGGAGGACAUGAAAGCCUUGCAGGUGAUACCAAUGAAAGGUGCGAUGACUAAUGAGGUGUACCAGGUUAACUGGCCGACUAAAGGAGGAGGGGAAGGAAUCCACAGGAAGCUGUUGAUUAGAAUCUAUGGCGAAGGGGUUGAUCUGUUCUUCAACAGGGAUGAUGAAGUCAGGACGUUUGAGUGUAUGUCUAACCAUGGUCAGGGACCUAGGCUUCUUGGCAGGUUCCCUGAAGGCAGGGUUGAAGAGUUCAUCCAUGCUAGGACACUUUCAGCUGCUGAUCUAAGGGACCCUGAGACUUCUGCUCUGAUAGCAGCAAAGAUGAGGGAGUUUCACAAUCUGGAGAUGCCUGGCUCAAAGACUGUGUCACUUUGGAACAAAAUGAGGGAUUUGUUGGGUGAGGCUAGAAGCUUGUGCACUGUGAGAGAUGCUAAAGAGUUUCGCUUGGAUGUUUUGGAAGAUGAGAUCAAUAUGCUGGAGAAGGAGAUCUCAAAAGGGUGCCAUCAGAUUGGAUUCUGUCACAAUGAUCUGCAAUAUGGCAAUAUAAUGAUCGAUGAAGAAACAAAGGCUAUCACUUUGAUUGUAAGUCUAUUACACCUUUCUUUCUCAUGACUUGUUCACCAAUUUAAGUUACUGUUGUGUUUAAGCUGUGAUUUUCUCUUCGUUUCCCAGAUGUUGAAUGGACCGUAUCUGUGUUUAAUUGAUCUCUAAUGUUAAGAAGUUUAAGUAGGACAGAAACAAAGACAACUUCUUUUGUACUUUAGCUGAAUUAGCUGCUUUAUAGCCAUAUUUAACAGUUCCAAAUAGGCCAUGUGCAUGGACCAAAUCCCAAAAAGAACUGUGUUGAAUAUGUUACAAUUCUGAUUAAUCAACUCUUAUUUUGUUUUCAACAUGUUCAAAGUGGUCUGUGUGGCAUAUGCAUGUUUGUUACUGGUGACGAUUGUUUAUUUUUUGUUAAAACUGUUGCAGCUCUGAAAUUAAUUUCCAACCCAAAACAUUGAGAACCCAAUGAAAAGGUCCUUCCUUUUCUGAGGUAUUUCUCCUUCGAGGAAAGGUUCGGUUUGGCUUAAUAACUAGAAAAAUGUGUUUCAGUGCAUAUAUAUACUUGUUUCUUAUAAUCUCCUUCAUUCCAACACUUUGCAGGAUUACGAGUAUGCAAGCUACAACCACAUUGCUUAUGACCUGGCAAAUCACUUCUGCGAAAUGGCUGCGAAUUACCAUUCUGAUACUCCACACAUCGUGGAUUUCAGCAAAUACCCAGGACACGAAGAGCGCUGCAGAUUCAUCCGUGCUUACCUCAGCUCGUCUGGAGACAAGCCAACGGAAGAUGAAGUGUUGCAACUAGCUCAGGCUGUAGAAAACUAUAAGCUUGCAAACCAUCUUUUCUGGGGGCUAUGGGGCAUAAUUUCGAGAUACGUGAACCAAAUCGAUUUCGACUAUCUGGAGUAUGCGAGGCAGAGAUUGCAGCAGUACUGGAAGAUUAAGCCAAUGCUUCUUCUGGAUUCAUCGGUUAAUUCAUGUGAUAGCAAUGGAUAUGCAGGAGUUGGAACAAGGGAAGGGGCUUAAAUAAAAAGAUUCUGUUUUGAUUGGAAAUUUGUAUAAAAAGAAAUGUGUUGGAGAAAGGGAGAAGUUAGGGUUCAUUAGUUUUUGAACUCAAUUAUAGACUUCAGAGUGUGUGUCCUACUUGAUAGUGUAACAUAUAUAUAGUCAAUCCUUGGUAAUAAGAAGUUCGAUGUUUACAGAGUAUUUCGAUUCGGAGCAAAU